AUGAGAGCAAAGUUAGAGUAUCCUAGUAAUAUACGGUAUUUCAUCGAACUCAUUGAACUUGAAGUCUAGUCAUGAGGUUCGCUGGCGCUGGCGGCAAGAUGAAAUUUCACUGGUUGCUAACCAUAUUAAUGAUGAUCCUUGUACAGCUCGUAAGAUGUCAGGAGAAUGGAUGUUCUAGAAGCCGUUCAAGAGUGGCACAGUCAAUUUUGGAUAAGUCUUUCCUAGCCAUCAUGCAGAAAGAAGGACUAAGUCCUGGAACAGAAUGUCUGCUGAGGCCCGAGAGGAACAUGUACUGGGACAAUGAAAGACACAAGUGGUCGGAGCUUGCGAACAAUUGGAACUGUCUUUACUGCGGAAAGUCCUUCCACAACGAGCACCAUAUCGACAAUCAUUAUGAUAAUAGGCAUAGGGACACAGUAUUGAGGGGACCUGAAGCAGUUUGUCUAGCCGAUCAUUGUGAUUACCUGCGCUGUGACAUCAUAUCUAGUGCUAAAAAGACAUCUUUUUGGGAAGAAGCUCUCUGCAAACAAAAGGAUCUCCUUGCUCUAAAAAGGAAAUGUCAGAAUAUCAUGAAGGCAUGUGUCCCAACCCACAUUUCAGAUGCAGAGAAGAAAAGUAUACUAGAAAAACUGGAUAAUGCUGUGUGCUCAUUUCUGACUUGUGAAAAUUACUGGGAGAAUCCAUACAAAGAGGUGACGCCUACAAGAACUGCCGCCUACUUCAUUGCAGCAAUCUUUACUGUUUUUGGUUUCAUCAUGUACUAUUGCUUGGCAUGCUCUCACCUUUUCUCUGACGAGAAGUUCCUUGGAGAUAGUGAUGGUUUAAUACGAGAGAGGUCUAAAGUACCAGACAAUCGUCGCUAUGUCAGUUACCCGGCUGAAGGGCAGUUGAUACGAAACCGGCAAGGCAUGAUGGGAGACAGGUGACAACAGGAUUUGCAUUUAAGCUGUAACUAGAUGUAUUGGUGCUUUAACUUCAAAGAAUUCAGGCUUGAUAUUAAACAAUCUUCAUGAAAUAAGGUCUGAGUUUGGGAUUUUAAUGCAUGAGCUCAUUUAGUCAUUACAGUCAUUACACCUUUGCACGUUAAGAACCCACUGCACUAUUCGUAUAAGAGUAGGGGGAAACCCCGGUGUAGUGGUCCACCUGCAUCCCCCCCAAUCAGUCAUAUCGGGAGGAGAGACCUGCGGGUCAUAGUGAUUCAGUUCGCUUUUCGCCUCCCAGGCACAGGUGACGCCAAACAAAUAAUAAUAAUAAUAAUAGAAUAUGAGCAUCGACCUCUAAACAACAGAACAUUUAUUAAUAUCAGAUGUUAGAAUUUUUUUUUCAAAUUACUCUCAAUCAACUGAAUUGUAACAUUUCCCAUUUAUAACCAGCCUAUUGAAGUUAAGUCUUGGAUUUUCAUUCACAAGCCUUUACUAUAUGAGCAUCGACUUAUAGACAUCAGAAGAGUUUGAGAAUCCUUUGUUGAUCACCAAACGGAUCCAUCUGGACCCUGUUUCAAAGAGCAUGUAAUCAAUAUCUAAAUGUGAGAAAUGUUUAAAGAAUUGAUCUUGGCCAGUCAAAUUAUAAUGUUUCAGCAUCUUAUACUAUGUCAGUAGCUUAUAACAUCUUGUUAUUUACCAUUAAUAACAAGCUUUAUAAAAUAUAGCCUGAGUUAGGGAUUUUAAUUCCUGGGCCUUCCUUAGAAACAAGUUCAUAAAUAGCUCACCUUCAAGAUUGCUCUAAAACGUAUGCAUAAUAUUAAGUUAUUUUUUACUUUUCUGUGAAAUAUUUUAACAAAAUCAUGAAACUGAAAUGGCACUUUGGAGAUUUAUAUUGCAACAAAAGAACAUACUUAAAGAAAUAGUGUGUAUUCUUGCUGUACAUUUAUAUGCGGGCAAGAUAGUUAAUCAAACAACGUGGAUGAUGAUAUAUCUGGCAUGCGCUUAGAGAUGUAAUUUUUCUUAGUAUCACUUGAACCGUCUUUUUUCACCAUCAUCGGAGCUACUUUCAACAGAAACAAUUAUAUGAUCUCCUUACUAACAAAUCUUUUCGUCGCUUUGCCCACAGAGGCUUAGCACAUGCACCUCCAACAAGCAAUCAUUUUUAUGUUUGAUGCUUGGCUUUGGUGGUUCUGCAAGAUUGCUUGCCAAUGCCAACCUGUACAGCAUCUCGCUGAAAGAUGAGAUCCUUGAUUUCAUGUUAUCUGCUUCCUGAAGUAGCGAUGACUGUAUGUGAUACAGGACCUCCACCACUUGCACCUCCGCCCUUUUGACAUUACAUUAUGAAUUGCAAGAAAAUAAAGAGAGAAAAUAAUUGUUUCUUUAAAUCUUAUAAUUCUAUUUCAGAAAGUUCCUCCUAUGCAAAGCAAAUAUUUUUAUGUCUUGAAUAAUUUCAUCAAUGCCCCUGGGCCAACAACUCUAGUAUCAAUCCACAUUUUGUUCAGUGAUUUGUUGCCUGUUUUUCUUUUCUUUUGAGGCUUUUCAUAUUUUUUUCUAAAGUGAAGUAGUCAGAAAAGUAACUUGCACGUCUACUUCAAAUGGCACAUGAAGCAAUGCAAUAAACUUGAUAGGUUUAGAGUAUGAUACCACAUCACAUGCCCUCUCUUUCUCCAGGAUCGGUAGCUUGUUUUCUUUUAUGUCAGCAGAUUCGAAAGGUAUGUUGAA